UGAAGAGAGACGGUGGGAGAAGUGGCAACAGCGAGAACAACAAGAGAAGCUUGGGAAGGAGGAAGCUGCUGUCAAAUCUACUGCUGGCUUCUUUCAUACUGAACCAGCAGGGAAAGUGGCAGCUCAAUUUCAGGGCCGGGAAGCUAAAACCAACUUGAUGACAUCUGCGAAGCCUUCGGGUGGGAAAGUCACUUUCCCCAAGAAGAAGGCAUUGAAACGUAAGGCACCUGGGAGUUAUCCCUCUGCCAUAGCAGCUGUGGAACUCCGGACUGCCUUGGAUGCUGACAUGAUGGGACCUCCAGCCAAAAAAGCAGCCAUGGGUGUUUCAGACGUGCCGGAGCACGUCCCAGCCAUCAGACUUGAAGAAAAUGCCCAAAACAGACCUGAAGUGCGUCUUGGAAGCCUGGCAAGAUUAGAGGAGCAGAUGGAGAUCGAUCUCGAGACCUCGACCUCAGCUUCUUCCCAGCUAGAAGAGGCACGGACACGCCGGCUGAGUUCCACAGGGAACGCGCCCUUAUCUGCGGAUGAAGAUUUGGAGAAGCUACUUUGGGAAAUCUCAGGAGGCAGACUGGAAGCCGAGAUUGACUUAGACCUAGGGAAGGACGAGGAUGAGCUCCUCCUUGAACUCUCCGAGAUGAUUGACAGUUGAACUGCGUAGUCCUAUGGUAUAUUUAAAAAAAAAAAAAAUUGAAACUGUUCUUCUUGUUGGAUACCCCGAGGUGAUCCUUUUUCUAACUGAGGCUUUGCAAUGAGACUUAAAGCACAGUCCGAAUGGGUAGAAAUUGGCAGGAUCUGCACUCAGUUGUCCUAAAUUUCCCUGCUGGUCAGAGUUAAGGGCUUGUGCAUCCGUUCUGUAACUAUAGGUGGCUACCUUCGCUAUUGAGAGGACAAAGCACUUCUUUCGGCACAGAAAGAUCUCCAUUGGCACGCCACGGUGGCUGCAAAUCGAUCUUCUGAUGGAGCGAUGCUCUGAAGGCUUAAACGUAAAGCUUCUUCCUUCCUCCCCCCUUGGCACAACUCGAUGUUGGGCACAUUGUGAAGCUUCGGUGUUCUGAUUUCUCGGACAGUUGAUAGCCAAAUCCUGGAGUUACUAUGUCAACUCUUGACUUUUACUCGUGUAUGCCAUUGUUUUGACUGUACCCGUGUCAGAUGAUGAAGCUGUAGGGGUGUGAGGGA